ACCGCGCGACGGGUUCACUUUGCUCGGAAGCUGGGUGAAGCAUAAGAAGAGAUGUGGGGAGAGGGCCAGUCGGAGGGAGAAGGCGUGGUUGGAGGACAGGCAACGGGCGGCUAGGCAGGCGAUGGAGAGCAUCAAGAAGACAAUGAGGGUGAAGCAGGGGAAGAUUCGGAAGACGACGAAGAAUGGGGACGUGCCGGAGAAGAAGGCAGAGAAGAAGAAGACGAACGCGCAGGAGAAGAAGGGGAACAGCCCGCACAUGGAGACACCGAAGAAGGAGGAAAGUGAGCAGGCGGGGGACGUGAGCGUAGCUCACUGGGCCGACAAGGUGGGAAUGACUGAAAUAACGGAGGAAUUCACGCGUUUUAAUAUGAGGGUCGUGAAGAAGCGAAGGGAGGAGAGAGAUAGGAUGUUGACGGUGGCGGCGGCGACGGGCCUACUGAGUAGAGUUGAUGGAUGGUUCGCACAAGUUGGGGAGGGUAGCGCUGCUGCGAGUGCUCCCUAGAAGUAGAAAUCCAAUGAACCAAUCAGUAUCUUUCAGGC